UAUUUGCAAUCAGUUAAGUGUCAGGUAUCACGGGUAUAUGUCCAUACUUGCACCGAAAUAUCAAAAAUUUAUUUAAAAAAUGUCGAAGGCGGAGGUAGAAAGUGAUCCAAAUAUAUUAAGUACUAACGAAAACGGGACUGCAGCCCCGACUGGCAAUGACAAUGGACUAACAAUACCCGAGUGGAUAACAGCCGAACUUUUCGUGGAUCUUUUGAAGGAAAAAUUGCCAGAGUUUCGAGAAAUACGAAAUUUCAAAGCAAAACCGGCAGUGGCGCCCGGCGAGAAUUACGCCACCAUAAUGUUGAACAUCGAAAUAGAAAUCAGCACACAAUCUGACAAGGAAAAGAAACUCUCCUACAUGAUGAAGAUACCAAUUGAUUCCAUGCGCGAUCUAAUGCGGAAAUUUAACGUUUUUGACGUUGAAUCCAGCAUGUAUCAAGUUGUUGUGCCCGAAAUGGAACAGAUGUUUCGUGACGCCGGUGUCGAAGUCAAAUUCGGCGCAGAGUAUUAUAAUAUAAAUACACCAUCGGAGUUUGGUGUCAUAUUACUCGAAGAUUUGCGUCAGUAUGGCUUCAAAAAUGUUGAUCGCCUGGAAGGGCUCGAUAUGGAGCACACAAAGUGCGUACUGCGGAAGCUUGCGCAGUGGCAUGCUGCGUCGGCAACCCGUGUACAGACAAAAGGUCCCUAUUGCGACGAUUUGAUGAAUGGUUUCUUUACAGAUGAACAUUUUGAAAUGAUGAAACAAAUUAAUGAAAACUUAGGUAAUAUGUUCUUAAGUUGUGCAAAGACAUUCGAAGGAAAUGGGGACUAUAUUGAGAGCUUGGAAAAAUUCAAUGCCCACUAUUUUGAUAAGUUUUUCCGAGCCGGAAAGACCGAUCCGAGUGCUUUUAAUGUAUUAAAUCACGGUGACUGCUGGUCCAACAAUGUUAUGUUCCAGCACGAUACUUUUGGCAAGGUCAAAGAAACAUAUUUUGUGGACUAUCAAAUACCAAAGUAUGGAACUCCUGCCCAAGAUUUAUAUUACGCACUCAUUUCAUCGACCAGCUUCGACGUGAAGUUGAAGCACUUCGAUUACUUCAUAAAAUUCUACCAUGACAAUUUGGUGGAAAAUCUUACGCUUUUAAAGUAUCCCCUGCAAAUACCAACACUGAAGGAUCUGCAUAUAAUGUUACAUAAACACAAUAUUUGGGCUUACUCCACAAUGACCGGUGUUAUGGCAGCGGUUCUCUUGGAUCCCACCGAUAAAGCUAAUUUGGAGAGUCUCAUUGGAGAGAGCGAAGCCGGGAAUGAUUUCAAAAGACAGUUAUAUUCCAAUAAGCGAUACCAAAAACAUGCCAGAGUCAUAUUACCAUGGCUACUCAAUCGAGGUGUGUUGGAGUGCUGACCUUCAUAAAUAAAUAAUUAUUUCACAAUACUUUGUAUGCACACUUAGCUAUAAAAUUCUAUAAGUGCAAUUUUCGAGAUAAAAUUAUAAAUUGUUGAUAAGAGUGCAAUAACUAUUAAUGAAUUCUAUACACUCGCGUGUAAGUAUGUAUAUGUGUGUAAAUGUACGUAUGUACAAAUAUGCCUGUGAGAGAGGAAUUUUUAAAUAAAUGAAUUAAUCACUUGUAGAAA